CCUCAUCAUUGUAAAAUAAAAAUGAGCUAAAAAUUUUUUUUUUUGUUUCGAUUUUUAGAACAAUCCAUAUACUCGAUUUUGUAAUAUAAAUGUGGAUGUGUAUGUUCCGACUAUUUUUGUCAUCGCACAUUCGAUUUGUGUGAGCGAAAAUUAUAACAAAUUUAACAAGAAAAAAAAUGCUUAAAGAUGUUGAAGCCGAUGUACAUGUGUCGCUGAUUUCACAACCAUAUACUCAUCAUCAUCAUCAGCAGCAAUCAUCAUCGUCAUCAGUGUCACAACAUUCAAUCACAAAAUGGUUUUAUCGACGAUUUAGAAGAUUUAUUCUUCUACAGACAUUAUCGUGGCCUAAUUUUAUUCUUGUUUCUUUGGUACUAUUACUCAUCAUUUUCUUUAUAUUCAGUCAUUUCAAUGUGCUAAUACAAACAUCCAAUCCAUCAUCUGUGUCUUCAGAUUCAUUGGCUGUGAAAAAUGAAUACAUCCGUUACAUCGAAGAGCUGAGUUCACUAGUGGAACAUCCAUCGUAUCGUAUGCGAGCUGCUCAAAUCAAUGAACAAUUACGUCGAAUUGAAUUGAGUUUAAAAGAGAAUCGUGAAAUAUUACAAUCGAUUCGUAACAGUAUUGUCAAAUCAAAUGCCACAUACAACGGUCAAUCUAAACUUGUUGAUUUUUUUCGAAAUAGCCGUAUUUCAGUUGAAGAUGUUUUUCAGCAAAAACUCAUCUGUCCAUCAGUCAUUAAUCGGACACUAUUCGUUCCAGAUAUUGAUAUGCUUCAAGUUUAUGAUCAAAUUCCAUUCGAUAAUGUUGAUGGCGGUGUUUGGAAACAAGGAUGGCCAUUAGAGAUCAAACAAAUAGAUUUUCAAAAGCCAAAACCAAAAUUAAAAGUGUUCAUUGUACCGCAUAGUCACAAUGAUCCUGGUUGGAUCAAAACAUUUGAUGUUUAUUUUUCAAAACAAACUCAGCACAUUUUGACAAAUGCCGUCGAAUUUAUGACACAGCAUCCAGAUAUGCGAUUCAUAUGGGCCGAAACAAGUUAUCUAUCUGCAUGGUGGGAAACGACAAACGAUGCCCAUCGAGAGAUGUUACGUAAAUUGAUAAUCGAAAAACGUUUUGAAGUGGUCACCGGUGGAUGGGUUAUGAACGAUGAAGCCAACACUCACUUCUGGUCCAUCUUACAGCAAAUGGUUGAAGGUCAUGAAUGGCUUGAAGAUAAUAUCGACAGUGAACAUGUGGAAUGGCGGCCCAAACAUGGCUGGGCUAUUGAUCCGUUUGGAAUGUCACCAACGAUGGCUUACCUUCUGAAAUUGAUGGGAUUUCGAGCAAUGGUUAUACAACGAGUUCACUAUUCGAUCAAAAAACACCUUGCAAGUAAUCAUCAGCUUGAAUUUCGCUGGCGUCAGCAUUGGGAACAAACCGUCAAUACAGACAUAGUUUGCCAUAUUGAACCAUUCUAUUCGUAUGACAUUCCACAUACUUGUGGUCCGGAUCCAAAAGUCUGUUGUCAAUUUGAUUUCAAACGACUUGCAAAGCCAAAGUGUCCUUGGAAAAUUAAUCCUCAAAUUAUAACUGAUGCCAAUGUUGAAGAAAGAGCUAAGACACUGUUAGAUCAAUAUAGAAAGAAAUCGUUAUUGUAUGGAACAAAUUCCCUGUUAGUACCACUUGGCGAUGAUUUUCGUUAUGAUGACAUUAAAGAAUGGCGAAAUCAAUACGAUAAUUAUCGAAGUAUAAUGCAUUUUCUUAAUACACGAUCAGAAUUCAAUGUUGAGAUAAAAUUUGCGACAUUAAGCGAAUAUUUCGAUUCAAUUUUGACGACCACUACGAAUAAUGAACAAAUAUCUUCAUCGGAACAGUUUCCAACAUUGGUUGGCGAUUUUUUUACAUAUGCCGAUCGUGAUGAUCAUUACUGGAGUGGUUAUUAUACUUCAAAACCAUUUUACAAACGUUUCGAACGCAUACUUGCUAGUCAUUCAAGAGCUAUCGAAAUUCUUUUUUCCAUUGGCAACAUUCUCAAUAACAAUGUUACCGCUGGUAAUGAUCCAUUCAAGCAUUUGACAUAUGAAUUGAAAUUUGCCAGACAAAAUCUAGCAUUAUUCCAACAUCAUGAUGGUAUUACUGGUACUGCCAAAGAUACGGUUGUUGUUGAUUAUGCAAACAGAAUGUUGCGAUCAUUUGAAAACUUACAAAAGAUAGCUACAUCAUCUUUAUCGGCGAUAACAAAUCAUCCGAUUCCAGAAAUGGAAUUCAUGCACAUUUUCGCCAACAUUCAGACUCCUAUUCGAAGGCAUUCAUUUUUAGUGAAUCCAGAUAUACGAAAGUAUUUCAUCUUAUACAAUAGUCUUGGUUGGACACUUGAUACGCAAAUAUUCUGUUUUGAAAUCUACUGGACCAUCGACAAUGAUAGCAUGCCCGAUUGGUGUUUGACAGCAACUGGCGUUGCUGAUAAUGUUUCAGUCAAAAUUAUACAAAUCAAUCAUCUAUGGCAAGAUAUGCAUCCGUCAAACGAACCAUUAGAAAAACGUCGUGAAAUUUGUUUUCAACCCAAACUUGCACCUAUUUCUCUUCAACAAUAUUGUAUUGGAAAUUGCCGAUGUUCACCGGUUGAUAGUCGCAGCUAUCGACAUCAUGAAAAACAUGAAAGUUUUGUCACAUUAUAUAAUUCUCACCGAGAUUCGAUGGUGGCAAAAAAACCAUUUGAUUAUCACAUUUUGUCACUCGUAUCAUCGGCUCCUAAUACGACCAUCGAAAAUGAACGUAUUCGUUUGACUUUUGAUUCAACGUCCAUGCACGGUCUAUUGAAAUCUUGGAGUUAUUAUAAUUUUCAGACAAAAACAUGGAAUUCGAUCGAUAUACAAAUGGAGAUAAUGACUUUCGGUACCAGAUCUGGUGGAAAAAAUGUUCAAAAAUCUGGUGCUUACAUAUUCUUGCCCGAUGAUCAGAAUCCCGUUCCGUUCGAAUGGACGGGCAAGCCAAAGAUUCGAGUUACGAUAGGAAACCUUGAAUCUCGUUAUGAAUGGAUGGUUGAUGAACCAUAUCCGGUACAUAUUCGAUUCAGUUUAUACCGUGGACGACCAACAGUUGAAAUGCAGACCGAAUUCCAUUUGCAAGGCAAACAAGGAGCCAAUCGUGAAUUAUUGAUUCGAUUUAAAAUACCUGGAAUUGAUAAUGGUGAUCGAUUUUAUACCGAUUUGAAUGGAUUACAGAUGAUUGCUCGUAAACGUUAUGCAAAAAUACCUUUACAGGGUAAUGUUUAUCCGCUUACAACGAUAGCUUGGAUUGAAGAUGAUAAACAUCGAUUUACUGUAAUUAGUGGCCAACCAUUGGGUGUAACUAGUCUAAGUACUACAACAAUGGAAAUAUUCAUGGAUCGUCGUUUGAUGCAAGAUGAUUUCCGUGGUUUAAAUCAAGGCGUUCUGGACAAUCGUCAAACUCGAGAAAUAUUCAGAUUAAUGUUAGAGCCAAGACUAUCAGCAUCAAUUAUGACAAAUUCGAGUCCAUCAUUGACAAGUGGGAUGAUGUUUGAAUCACAAACAUUAUUGAAUCCGAUAAUCGGUUUGAGUACCAAACAACUUGACGAUGAUCGGCCACUUAUUAGCGAGAAUUCUUUCUCAAAACUAAAAUUAUUACAAUCUCCAUUACCAUGUGAUUUACAUUUGUUAAAUUUACGACGAUCAAUCUCUCGUUAUCGUCAAUUUAGCCUUUGGUUACACCGAACAGCUUUGACUUGUGAUUCUAAAUGCCUUCAAACGUCUAACUCGUCAGAUAUGAUAAUCGAUUUAACGAAAUAUUUAUCCAAAGAGAUUGUUGGACGUUUAGAGCCAAAAAUUGAGCUAAUGAAUGGAAUGUCUUGGUUUCAUCAUCCAAAGAAUCUAACCUGGCAUCCGUCGAAUUUAACACUUAAUAUUGGGCCGAUGCAUUUAUCAUCUUAUCGAUUAUAUCUAUUAUCGUGAUGA